CGGACAUUGAAUCGCAUGCGAGGACAAAAACGGAGAUUUUCGUAAUUCAUUCCUCGGCAUUAAUCCGAUUAAUCUCAUUACUUACAGAAUACAUUCAGGCACCAAACCUUCAAACAUCGUCCAGUCUAGGGGAUGAAACCUUGCAAGGUAUCUUUGCAAUCCUUGUUCAUUUACAAAUACCGGCAUUCAAGAUGGUGAUGCAUGUGACUCUGCGACCCGAGGUAUUGAAGGAGCCUCGCGGGUUGUUCACGCUGGCUGAACUGGCACCAAACCUUCAAACAUCGUCCAGUCUAGGGUAUGAAACCUUGCAAGGUAUCUUUGCAAUCCUUGUUCAUUUACAAAUACCGGCAUUCAAGAUGGUGAUGCAUGUGACUCUGCGACCCGAGGUAUUGAAGGAGCCUCGGGGGUUGUUCACGCUGGCUGAACUGGUCAUCGUGGGUGUUGCAUGUGCAUUGUUCCUGCAAACGAGGACGUACAAGCCCGAGAGCCGAGCAGAAGCAUACGCCGUUGCCGGGUUCCUCUUCACUUUCUUCAUCAUCUCGCUGCUGACACUGAUCGCUUAUAUCCUGGGACAGCCUAGGGGGGUUCUGGAAUCAGUGAUUGCUUUCGGCGGAGCAUUAUUCUUGCUCUACAGCGGAAUUGCUCUUUCAAUUGCUCUGAGUUCCGUGUCGUUCUCAAAUCCCCUUAUUACAAUGCUCCGGACAAAGAAACGUCAAAAACAGUUGCAGCAAAAGCCUAAAAGACCGGGAGAAUCCAACAAGUGA